AUGAAGAAUGGCAUGAUUGCAUUCCGAAUGAAGAAUAAAGUUUGUUUCAAUUGUGGUCAAGAUCACAACAUUAAUCAAUGUGCUAACGAAACCUCCGUUGCUUUAGUCCCAUGCACUAAAAUUGCUUCUUCGUCCGUUGAAAUUGAAAGAACAUUUUCGGGUGCUAAGUUGUUGGUUACAGACAACAGAUCAAAUUUGGGUUGGGAAAGAAUAGAACAAUGUGUGUUAAUAAGGGAAUGGGCAAACAUUUCAAGAGUAGAUAUUGUCGAAAACUCUGUCAUUUAUAAUUAUUCAAAUAUUUCAAAAAUGUUUCUAAGUUUUAAAAAUGAAAAAAUUAGUCAAGUGGAGAUUAAAAAUUAUCGUUAUCGUUUAUCGUUUUUUGGAUCAUCAGGAAGAUUUUAUUCAAAAAAUAAUUUUUUUUUUAAAAAAGAUAAAAAUAGAUAA